CGGUGGCAGCGGGGUAUGGGCGGCGGGGCGGGGCGGUGCCCGGCGGUGCUGCUGCUGGCGCUGCCGCUGCUGGCGCUGCCGGGCGGGCUGUGCAAACCGACGGCGUGGCAGGAGCGGGCGCGGCCCGGCACCGCGCAGCAGCACGAGGAUGCGCCGGGCUUCCAGUACGACCACGAGGCCUUCCUGGGCAAGGAGGAGGCGCGGAGCUUCGACCAGCUCAGCCCGGAGGAGAGCCAGGAGCGGCUGGGGAAGAUUGUGGAUAGAAUAGAUGAAAACCAAGAUGGCUAUCUCACGACAGAGGAACUGAAAAACUGGAUUAAACGGGUACAGAAACGCUAUAUCUAUGAAAACGUCGCUAAAGUUUGGAAAGACUAUGAUACAAACAAGGACAAUAAAAUCACCUGGGAAGAGUACAAACAAGCUACCUAUGGUUAUUAUCUAGAAAAUCCAGAAGAAUUCCAAGAUGCAACAGAUCGGCACAGCUUUAAGAAAAUGCUGCCCAGAGAUGAAAGGCGAUUCAAAACUGCAGAUCUGGAUGGAGACUUGGCUGCCACUCGUGAAGAAUUCACUGCUUUCCUUCACCCAGAGGAAUUUGAGCACAUGAAAAACAUCGUUGUCUUAGAAACUUUAGAAGACAUAGACAAAAAUGAGGAUGGCUUUGUGGAUCAGGAUGAGUACAUUGCUGAUAUGUUUGCAAAUGAAGAGGGUGGACCUGAGCCUGACUGGGUGACUACAGAGCGUGAACAGUUUUCAGAUUUCCGUGACCUCAAUAAGGAUGGAAAGAUGGACAAAGAGGAGAUUCAGCACUGGAUUCUCCCACAAGACUACGAUCACGCACUAGCUGAAGCCAGACAUUUAGUCUAUGAAUCAGAUGUCGAUAAGGAUCAAAAACUAACAAAAGAGGAGGUUUUAGACAACUGGAAUAUGUUUGUUGGAAGUCAAGCUACUAAUUACGGGGAAGACCUCACAAGAAACCAUGAUGAACUAUGAUAUAAGUAUACCAAGCAGCGUGCCACAGGCCUUUUCUUCAUUUUACUGAAUCUAUCACAUUCAUCCCCUUUUGGGGGAUGAUGAACAAGGGACACACUCAAAACUGAAUGACAUGCGUAUAUUUUUAACAUGGCAGUUUAUUACCUCAGAAACUACAUAGAAGUAGGGUUUGUAUUAUUAUUAUUAUUUUCUUCACAAGGUUAAAUACUAUAUCUAAUUAUACAGUUCUAUUCUGGGAGAAAAAUGGUAAUGUUUCUUAGUAGGUUUGAUCUGGGAAAGGCACUUAAAAUAUAAUUCCAAGGAUGCAGCUAUGCUUAGAACAAAACCUACUUUUUCAAUAGUCUAAGUUGUUUAGUCAUCAUUUCUAAUAGCGUUUGAAAUCAUAAAAUGACUUAGAUUGGAAGGGACCUUGAAGAUCAUCUAGCUCCAGCUCCCUGCUGUGGGAUCAGAUCAUACCAGACCAGGCUGUCCAGGGCCCUAUCCAGUCUGGUAUUGGAACACCUCCAGGGAUCAGGCAUCUAGAAACAUCUGUACUUACAGUUUUACCCUUAUAUACAGAUGUUUGACAAGAUCCACAGCCUUUUUGUCUGCGUUGCAUUUUUCUGUCCCAGUUGGGCUGAAGGAGACCUAUAGGUCAUAGAUUUACAAGUGCAACGUGUGCAAUUGGCCCUUCUCCCUAAUCCCCACUGCAGUGCAGAAGAAGCACAUGUGGCCCAACACCCACGCUGGCAUUCUACAGCAAGAGUUGUGGUGUUCAGACUGACAGCUGCUCCUUCUGACAACAGAGUAACAUACAUUGUUUGUGGGCUGUUACAGUGUUUCCUGGAAGGAAUUAUGCCACAUGGAGAAUAAUUUAUCUCACGCUUUUCGCACUUUACCCAAGCCAUACUCUUGUUCACACAGUGUGAAUGGCAGCAGAUCUAUGAUGGAGAAAGAACGAGACAUAUCACCCCCCUGGGCCUUCAGUUUUCUGUACCACACACGGGGACAGAUUCAUGUGGCUAACGUCCUAGUUUGUAUGUAUGUACGUAUAAAUACGUGUUACUGAAGCAACUACAUGGAGACAGCUUUCCUUCCAAAGAAGGGAGUAAGCUUUCCACACAGGUGCUUUCUUUUUUACUGUAUAAUGUGAGCAGUAACAUGUAUAUUUUUGUAUACCUAACUCAGAUAAGUAUGGUUGGUUUUAAAUGUACUAUUUUUAAAACAAGCAUCAUAAAACCACAACUUUUUGAUACUAUGAAGGUGCAAUAACACUAAUACAGACCAGCCUAGAGCAAUGAUGUGAAGCCUUUUGUGCCAGUAGUUCAGCCUGAAGCACUAGUUCAUCAUCUACAAACAGCAGCUGGAUGUAUGGCACCAAACUUUUCUUCUUUGCUUCAUUAAAAAAAAGCUAGAAAUAUGUUGAGUGUACAUUUUUACUAUUGCUAGAACCUGUUCUGAAUGCUAAGGUCACGUAAGAACAGUGGUUAAAUACUUGCAGUUGAAGAUAGUUCUGUAUUACACUCUGGCAUAGAUUCCUUGCCUUUGUUAGCGUAACUAUUAAGCUUCUAGUGUGCACCUACAGCAUUGCCAGCAAGGUCUCCUGAAAGUCCCUACCUCUUCUGCUAACGUAGAGUAGGACAGAUGUCAUAAGACAUAGAUGGUGUUUGCUCUCCCAGUAAUUCCACGUCAAAGUAUUGCCUAAAAGCAGUGUUAUCUGAGAAGCAAUAAAAUUGUAUCUUGCCACACAUAAAAAAUUAUCUUUUUUUUUGUUAUUAUUUGGACUUGGAAAGGUUUGCUGUACUGAAUAGUCCUAACAACCUUGAUAACUUCUGUUUUCUAGCAGCCCUUUCAUACUAGAGCUUGAGAUCUUUGUAUUUUAGUACAGAAUUGCUGUGCUUUCUCUGCACUUGGAUCAUCUUCUGCUGUCUCAGGAAAUAAUACCUUAAAAGACCUCAGAAAAAAAGCUUGUUUCCUACUACUAAAACUACAGCUCAGACUAGAUAGGAAGCCAAGGGUUUUCACUGGAGCCCAAGGGAAGGUUGUUUGGUAAGUCUUGUUGAAAUUCAGUGGGAGUUGGGUGCUGAGACACUAAGCAUCGUUGCCUACAGCUAAACAUGACACUUCCAAAUCCACUGUGUUCUAUCCCAACAAAAAAAACUGCAUCUGAGCUUUGACAGGCAAUCACGUUUUCUUCCACAUUACUCAUGGAAUUUGGAAUAAAAUUAGCAUCAAAUGAGAAAGAGAUCAUAUUCCUUUGUUUGUUCUCAAUUUCUAUUAAUGAUUGGAAUAUAUUGGGUAUUUUCCAGUAUAAAACUAUGUAAAUAAUAAUACUGAAAUCAGAUGAGUUACAGGACUUGGAAAUUUAGGCCAAUUGUAUUUACAGGGCUUUAUUUUUUUUUUUUGUAUGUUUGUUUUUUUACAAGAAGAAUGGUACUCAGAACAUGCCCAGCUAUGAAUAAGGCAAACAUGCCAGUUAAAAUGAAAUUCAAGCCAAUCAAGUUAUCAAUCAUUCUAAGUAUAAUGGAGUCACAUUAAGAGCAUUUUGAUAAAGCAGAGUACAAAAACAUAUUUUAGAGAACGACUUAUCAUUGAUGUGAUUUCAUUCUAGAGGCAACCUCCUUUGUGUAGCUCUUCAUAGUGUUUCACUUACCAACAUUCAGCAACACGCAGUAUAUUUUGUGCACUAAAUUUUCCUUUCAAGCUCAAUGCACUAUGGAAGAGUAACUCAAAAAGAGACUAGAGCUUCUGGGUUUAAAUUUAACACUAUUUAAGGAAAGCAAACCUUUGCUAGGGGUUAUAACUGUUAACAUUGUGAUUUUUCAAGCCUAAGGUUUCUAAUGGGGUUUGACUGUUCCAGAGAUAAGAUUUUUUUUCCUAGGUAACAUAUUUCAAGUCAUAUUAUGAGCAAAUGUUACAAAAUUUUAGUGUAAUGUGAAAUACUGUAAUGUCAGAUAGCAUUAUUUAUCUGCUUAAUAUGACUAAACCCAUUAAUUGCUGGGAGCCAUGCUUCAUCCCAGCAACAUGAAAAUUCAUUUUGUGCCUAUCUUGUCAGUUAUUGCCUAUUUUCUUAAUGAAUAGUGACGUAGUGAAA